CGGUUUCCGGACUCCAAUCACAGAGAGUGCGAGGAGCGCGCGGUCCCAGCCGGAGACACAGACACAGAGAUAUCAACCCCGGGGUAUAGGAAUUCACAAUGGCGGAAAGGCCAGAGGAUCUCAACCUGCCCAACGCCGUCAUUACCAGGAUCAUAAAGGAAGCCCUUCCAGAUGGUGUUAAUGUUUCGAAGGAAGCGCGCAGUGCGAUUUCACGAGCAGCCAGUGUCUUUGUUCUUUAUGCCACAUCCUGUGCCAACAACUUUGCAAUGAAAGGGAAGCGGAAGACGCUUAAUGCGACAGACGUCUUGGCCGCCAUGGAAGAAAUGGAGUUUGAACGUUUCCUGACGCCUCUAAAAGAGUCCCUGGAAGCUUACAGACGUGAUCAGAAAGGGAAGAAGGAGGCCACUGAGCAGAAGAAGAAAGACAAGGACAAGAAAGCCGACUCUGAGGACCCUGAUAAGAGCCGUGAAGAUGAGAAUGAGGAGGACGAGGACAAGAUGGAGGAAGACGAAGCUGUCGAUGAAGAUGAAGUAGAGAAUUAAUGAGAAUUCUCAGGGGUUAUGCCAACAUCGGGGGUCUUGUGGCACUCUGUGACCAGCUUUACUAAGACAAGGACAUCUGGGGGUCUUUGGUGAAGAGAGAGGUGUCCGAGACCACUACUGCCAAGUUCUGAAGCCAUGGUGGAUGGCCCAGAAUGCCUUUCAGUCUCGGUCACUGCGGGGUACAUUGGGGAUUUUUCUGCUAAGUUGUUUGUGAAACUGAAACAUUUUCAACUGAUAGUAAACUGUGUUUUAUUUAAAAUAAAUGCAUUUUAUAUUAAACAGAUUUUGCCUG